AUGGAAUUUUCUUGCAAGGACUUUAAGGUGGGGAAAUGUGAAGGAGAAAAACUAGUAGAUGGAGAAACCAUGCCUUUGGUGCUCCAACCUCCAGAGACCAACAAGAGGGGCAUGGAAUCCUUAUUAUUGGCUUUGAAGAACAACAAAGAAUGGUUUGAGCAAAUGAUAAUCAAGAACAGUGCUGUUCUCCUUCGAGGUUUUGAUAUCAACAAUGCUGAGGACUUCAAUGAUAUCAUAGAAACAUGUGGAUGGGAAGACAUUCGUUAUGUUGGACCAGCACCUCGCACACAAAUCUACAAGAGAGUAUGGACUGCCAAUGAAGGACCCCUCUCAGAGUUCAUAUACUAUCACCAUGAAAUGGUUUUGAUUAAGGAAUAUCCCAAGAAAGUGAUACUGUUUUGUGAGAUACCACCCCCUGAAGGAGGAGAGACUCCUUUUGUACCAAGCUUCCGAGUGACAGAAAGGAUGCUAGAAGAGUUCCCAGAAGUGGUGAAGGAGAUUGAAGAGAAGGGGUUGAAGUACUCAUUUACAGCUCGCAGUACUCAGAAUGAUACUUCCUCCAUGAGAGGUAGAGGUUGGGAGGAUGCAUUUGGGACCUCAGAUCGCCAAGAAGCUGAGAAAAGGGCAAAAGCUCUAGGAAUGGAAAUAGAAUGGCUUCCAAAUAAUGGGGCGAAGACAAUACUUGUACCAAGAAGGUUAACGCAGGUAUUUGAAGGAAGGAAAGGAAGAAGAAUGUGGUUUAACACAGUAGUAGGCAUGUAUGGGAAGGAACUUAGCUCGGCCAUGAUGGCAGAUGGAACAGAGAUUCCAGAGAAGGUAGUUAAAAGGUGUGAAGAGAUCAUUGAAGAAGAGAGCAUUCAAUUCAAGUGGGAGAAAGGAGAUGUUGUCUUCCUUGAUAACCUUGCUUUGCUUCAUGGUAGAAGGCCUUCCCUUCCUCCUAGAAGAGUCCUGGUUGCUACAUGCAAGUAGUUUGAGAUUGUUGUCUCAAAUAUAUAUACUAAGAAAGAAAAGGUAAUGAAGAUAAAAGCUAUGAAUAAGUGUGUCAUUCACCAAUAUUUACCAGGAAAAAGUAAUGUAUGAUCAUUAUUAUGUACUC